AUGGAUCGAAGGAUGAGCAUCGAUCUCAUCAGCGCACUCCAGGCCAAAUCGUCAGACUACACCAUCCCCGAGACCGUCAGCAUCCAAAUCACCUCGUUCAAUGUAGCCAAUGCACUCCCUCAGCCCGGCCAGCUUGAUGCUCUGUUCGACAAAGCUGCGCGAGAUGUAGAGCUUCACGUGCUUGGAUUGCAAGAAAUGGACACGAGCAGUGAAGCCAUGUUGCGCUACACGCCGCAUCGCUCGCUAGCAUGGUCAUCAGCCCUUCUCGCUGCGCUGAACGUCAACAAUGCCACCGCCGAACAAUAUGAGCAGGUAGCCCAAGUACAGCUUGUCGGCCUAUGGCUCGUCCUCUUUGCGAGGCCUUCCUUCGCAUCUGCACUCUCCGAGAUCGAGACAACCACUGUACCCACUGGCUUGCUAUCUGUGGGCGGCAACAAAGGCGCGAGCGCCAUCAGAUUAUCGAUCCACAAGACGCCUGUCCUCUUUGUCAACGUGCAUCUGGCGGCUUUUGCCGAAGCGAAAGAGCGCCGACAUCAAGAUACGCUCGCGAUCAUGCGCGCUCUGUCACAGCGGUGGCCCAGCACUCAUCAGGAUGCAAGUAUAGACACAGUAACGACGUUUUACUUUGGCGACCUCAAUUACCGCAUCGACUUGCCGCGUGAAGAGAUCGAGCGAUUGCUCGCUGCUGGCGAUAACGUACUACUUGCCGGCUUUGACCAGCUCAGCAUCGAAAGACGAGCUCAGAGGACGCUAGACGGAUACGAAGAAGGAGAGUUCCAUCGCUUCCGACCCACUUACAAGUAUGAUAUCGCAUCGAACGACUUUGACAGUAGCCUGAAGCAAAGAGCGCCUGCUUGGACCGAUCGCAUCCUCUGGCAAUCAGCUCGCGAUGUACAACUGAUCAGCUAUGCCAGCCGGUCAGAUGUCAUCUUGAGUGAUCAUAAACCUGUCUUUGCACGUUUCCAGCUCUCAACCGAGCGAGAAGAUCCUACGAAGAGACGAGCUACGCUGGACGCACUUCUUGUCGAGAUGAACAAACUGGACAACAAGAUAUUGCCAGAUGUGAGCAUACUGCCGAGUCAGGAGGUCGAGCUUGAUGUUCGCACCAAGCCAAGAAUGCGAAUUGCCAUUCAAAAUACUUCGCCCGCUCGAGCAAACGUGGCAUUCAAGCCGGUAAUAGAAGGCGAAACCCCUUUCCCAGACUGGCUAAAGGUGCAUCCCACUAGCGCAACGCUCGAGGUGGAAGAACGAGCAGAAGUAGAGCUUGCGCUCGAUGAAUCGACGCUCGACUGGACAGGUCUAGAUAUCCAGUCAGAGGCGGUCUUGGUCUUGUCCAUAGAAGGAGGAAGAGACAUCUUUGUGCCUGUUGUAGCCAAACGCAGACAACGAGCAUGA